AUCUGUUUUGGCAGCGGCGGGCCACCGUAAUGUUUGUAGGAAACUGCUCAGAUUAGCCUGCGAUCUCUUGUGCCGAGCAUGGUGCCGACUAUGGUUUUAGUUUCGAGCUAGGGGCCACCAACCGGAUAUAUUCGCGCUGUUUAAGGUGUGUUCUUCUUUGUUGAGGAUUAAACUCACAGUCAUUUGUCGUUGAACUAAAGUAAGCCAUAUAUUUGUUGAGAGACGGAGCGUUUCGCCUCAUUAUCGGUGAACCAGAUAAGCUCUGCUAAUUAGCUAGCUGUACUUGGUUUGUUCUGGCUCUCUCGGGAUGUCGUCGAGGAAAACUUUGAAACUUAUUUGUGGGCUGGCUGGAGGCUCGGCCGCGCUUGUGUUCGCUGCUGUCGCUGCGGAUUCCCGGGGAUACUUCGGUGAGCACCGGCAGGGAGAGGCGACCGGUCAGUGGUCGAGGUUCACCGCCCUUCGUGCUGCUCAACCGGCGUGGACACCUGCCAGCCACACACCGGCCCCGACCGGACACUCAUGGGACUUCAACUGGGACAAGUAGGUGUCCUCUAGAGAGCUGUUUCCUCAUUGUUUUGUUGUCUGGACAUUUGGACGUUUUGUACUGUUACAGCUCUGUCGUUUCUGCUCCUCCACCAAAGUGCGCCACUCCAAAAUCCUGGAGGAUAACAAAGAAAUUUAGACGCUCCGCAGAUAAUGUAACGAGGAUUUAUCUCACAGAACAGCUAAUAUAUAAAGUAUUUAACAGCUCACCUGCAGACGAAAGCAAAAGUAAAAGAAUGACACACAAAGAGAGGCCAUGAUAGACAGGAUAAACAUUACAAUACAAUUGAUAAUAUGAAAGAACAUGAAUAUAGGGCUGGGCGAUAUGGGAAAAAAUUCAUCACGGUUUGUUUUUCAUAUCAGUCGAUAUUGAUAUAUAUCACGAUAUAUAAAAAAGAAAUUUAACAGUGCUUAUUGGUAGCAUGUCUUUUGCAAUACAAUGUAAGGUCUUUGUGUCUCUUCAACGUUUUGUUGUAAGGCGUUAUGCUAGAGAAAGCGGACUGAAUGGUCGGCUGUUUCGGUCCUUGCUCCGCUCAGGGUUUAUAACAUUUUGCGUUGUGCAUGCUCUGUCAUGUAGCACUGCUUCAGGUGGUGUUUCCCGACUUUGUGAGAACAUGUACUCGACAUUACUCUGCUUCAUGUCCAACCUCAAAAACCAAAAUACCGUAUUUUUCGCACUAUAAGGCGCACUUAAAAUCCUUUUGGCUUGUCAGAGCACUGCAGCUACCGUGGUCUCGCGGAGUUAGCUGCAGCCUGAUACCAGGCAGUUGUUUGCUAUUUGGUUCUAAUCCAGCACAUGAUUGGUUCAGCGGGGAAGCAACUCCCCUUUUCAUUGGCUAUUCAUAUAGUCUACCAAAACAUGGCAGUAUGCCGACUAUCGAAAAGCAUAUUGACUAUGUUUUAUACUGAUAUCGAGGGAGAUUCAUUUUCGAUAUAUAUCGUUAUCGUUUUAUCACCCAGCCCUGCAUGAACAAUAAAGCCACUAAGGAGAAUCUUGUAAGCAGAUCACCAUUACUUACAUUGUCUACAGAUGAUAUCAUGGUUUCAUAUUUAUGAUCCUGUGUUUACAAAAGUCUGUUGCCUCUCUGGGGUGAUGUAGGCCAAAUCUGAGAAGUCUUGUAGUUCUAGGUCAGAAUCUGGUCCAAUGUGUUCAAGUGAAACAAAGCUGUGAGGUCAAUUUCUCUUUAAUUUUCACUUUUACAACAAGAUUUCAGAAAUCACAGAGACUGCAGCCAUCUUAGGUUAGUCUAGUGUAGUGGUUUUCAAAUCCAAAACUAGUUUCCAAAGAGUCUGAAAGUCAUCUUGGAUAAUCUAGUUUAGGUCUGACAAGUUUAGGUAUAGUUGUUUUGGAUUAAGGUACUGUUCAACAAACUCUAUUGGUGAAGAACUUUACCAUUAUAACAAUAAUAAUAAAAGACACAGACAGCAUCUUAAUACUCCUCCUAUUCCACUUCUUACUCCUACUAUUACUCUUGCUACAUCUACCACCCCUGCCAGCACCACUGCUAUUAAUAAUUGCUGACUACAUUUCCAAAAAUUUGCGGGUCAUAUUCUGGUAUCACUCGGUUUUGAAUGUCUAAUAGUGUGACGUAGGAGCCAAACCUUUGAAUGCUUUGUAAACAAACAAGAAGAUAGUAAAACUGGUGCCGACGGCGUAGGAGGAGGCAAGAAUAGGAAUAGUGUGCUUCUUCUUUGCUGACCUUAUUAAAACCCUUGCUACUGGGUUUCCAAUUUGGGGUGAUAGAGGGUUGGAGACAAGGUGGGAUUAAAAUGAAGUCAUGGUUGUUUUUUUCCAGACCAGAAAUACAGAUAAUAGAUCUGAGUGUGUGGGUAGAACAGAGCUGUAUAUACUUCCUUUUAUUACUUUACUAUCAGGCUGUCCACAACUGUGAAAUAUAGGAUGUUAUACAGAGUUAUUUAUGCAGACAGGAUCUAAGAGUGGUCCAUAAGGAUUUGUAAGAUAUCAUUAUCCCUAAUUUAGCUGACAGACCACUCCACCAUAAUUAGAUUUAUUUAAAUAGUUGCUGCAGGGAUUGUUCAAUAAAAAGGAAAUUCUCCAAAGUCUCAGCAUCAUUUUAAAUCAUAGCUUAGCCAGCACAGGAUUAUCACUCAAGUUAACCAUCAGACAAAGCCACUUUUAAUCUGUUAAAAUCACCUCCUCUUAACUCUGUUCAGGAGAGACCCAUCUGCACUGUCUAAUGGAAAGAAGAAGGAAAACGCAGCCGAGGACCCCAGCACUGAGCAGGACAACGGCAAACCGAAAGCGACACGAAACAUCCUCCUCAUCAGACACUCCCAGUACAACCUGAGCGGGAUCACUGACAAGGAGAGGAUCCUCACCCCACUAGGUGCUUUUUCAGUUCAUAUCACUUAGAGCAUGUGGCGUACCAAAAAACGAAAGUAAGCUCGAAAUUUAGUCUUUUGUUAAAAUGCCUGUUGAAGUGUCUUACCCGCUGAUAAGAUAAGGAAAAGACGUUUUAUGAGGCUAUCCCUAAUUGCUGGAAAUAAAUGCUUCGCUAUAUUGUGGAAAAGUGAAAAACCACCUACUGCCUCAAUGUGGCUUAAGGAAGUUGCAUCAUACUUGGCCUCUGAAAAAAUUAUGUUCAAUAUGAAAAAGAAACCCCAUCUUUUUGACAAAUGCUGGAAUGACUUUGAAAUAUAUCUGGAUAACUUCACAGAUAACUAGAUGAGUACUGUCAAUGGGUGUGGUGGUGGUUGUUGGUUGUAGCACAUCUGCAGGAGUAGCUGUGCUUUUCCAUUGUCAAUGUCUUGACCUUUGCUGCGUGUAUUUUGCUGUAAAUUUUUAAAAAUUAUUUAAUUAUAUACCUAAUUUAUUUAUUAUUUUAACUAUUGUUAUUAUUAUUAUUUUAUCCUUUUAUUUAUUUUAAAAAAUCUUUUAUAUAUUAUUUAUUUAUUUGUUUAUUUUUUUUAUUUUUUUUAGGUAUGUAGGUAAGAGUUGGCCUUUGGGGUUUGUUCUGGAAGGGGGGUGGGUUUGGGUGAAAUUUGUAGUUCUAUUGUUGUUGUUGAAGUUGUGUACUGUUUAUUUAAAAAAAGGUUAAUAAAUAAAAACUAAUACUUUGUGUGUCUCCUCUUCAGGUCGUGAGCAGGCUGAGUUGACGGGAAAGCGGUUGGCAGCACUGGGGCUGAAGUACGAUGUUCUGAUCCACUCGAGCAUGGCCCGGGCCACAGAGACGGCAAACAUCAUCAGCAAACACCUGCCAGGUAGUUGAUAAAUGACACAUUCAGGUUGGGGAAAGUCAAGUUUCUAUCACUAAUGGAUGUUAACAUUUUAAUCUUGCUCUUCGUUUCAUACGGGUCUAGGAGUGGAGCUGUUGAGCUGCGAUUUGCUGAGAGAGGGCGCGCCUAUCGAGCCGGUUCCACCCGUCACUCACUGGAAGCCCGAUGCUGUGGUGAGAGAGGCUGCAACCACUCUGUCUAUAGAGUGGGCUGUAUGCCUGCUUUUAUGCUUUUUGCAAAUUUAUAUUUAGGUAACUUUCUGCAUCCCACAUGUCUGAGCAGAUGCCCUGUUGUAGUGCCUGUUUAAGCUAGAAGCAAUACAUCAGUGCAUUGAAACAGGAAUGGCUGAUAGGAAGAGUGAAUUUCCAAAAGAAGUCUGUUGGACAAGGAUCAUCCUUUUUGCUGUAGUUCAAUCAUUUUAAUCAACACUUUGUGAUUGCUUCACAUUAUCUAAGAAAACAGAUUUAUUCAGGACUUAAUCUGUCCGGGGGACUGUUUAUAAUUCAUUGACCCAGCCCCCUCUUGUGAGGUGCUUUGUUGGCGGCAAGUCUGUUUAUUACAUCGACAUAAUUUGAAUGUGCUUUAUCAGGAUUAUUUGCGGAACAGCCCUUUAAUAAUUCAUGCAGACACCACACUCAUUAAUGCCUCUGUCAUAAACUGGAGUAUCUAAAAGGCUUUAAAUAAAUCUACAAUUUCCAGAAGAGCAGCACUGCCGUUAGUUAAGAUACCAUGUUCCUAGUUGGGCUGAUUUUGGAAAGAAGCUCUUUAGACAUUCCCCACAAUGCACUGCAGCUCAGACAAAGCUCGUACAUGUGACAAAGCCAGCUUUCAACCUCUCUACCAUCCUCCAGCAGUACCACGAAGAUGGAGCUCGCAUUGAAGCAGCCUUCCGCCGCUACAUCCACCGCGCUGACCCCAAGCAGAAGGAGGACAGCUACGAGAUCAUCGUGUGUCAUGCCAAUGUCAUCCGCUAUUUUGUCUGCAGGUGUGUCUCGUGCGCUGUCUUGGUCUGCCAUGACUCAGCUCAAUGCUGACGUGUGGCCUAUUUGCUUUGCUGACCCUUGUGUUUAAACUCCGCCGCAGCUGUUUUGAUGACUGUGCUUCGGGCUGUUGCUCUCAGUUUUCACUCCAUCUUGUUAAAAGUUACGAGAGUAAAACUUUUAAAUACAUCAGCCAAAAACAACAGCAUCAAAGAAAUACAGCACUAUGCAAACAUGAGCGUCAAAGUUUGAAUACACAAUUUAUCCUGCAGGCCUAUUAGUGUUAAAGUGAAGACCUCAACCACAGAGGCAUAUCCCGACACACAGGUUCACCCACUUGCUUUAAUUGACAUGGAUUCUGUCUAACAGCCCACCCCAGAGCAUCUCCUCUCGGAUUAAGGCUCACUCUUUGUUUCAUCUGUUUCAGGCACAGCCCUAAGCUGUCCCAGAAACCCCACACAAGAGGGUACAACCCACCCACACAGUCUCUCUGAAGUGUGUUGGGUCUGUCAAGAUCCACAGACUGGUGUUGUCUGGCUGAAAUGAAUCCUGUAAAGUAAUUAUCUACCUGUUAAUGUCUCCUCACGGAUUGCUCCGACUGUGUCAAGUCACAGCUUGCAGGCUCACUCAGAGCGCCCCACACAGUCUAACUCUCAUUAUUAUCAUGCUUCAAAUUCAUUUAAAAAGCAUCAAAAUUCAUUGAAGUGCUUCAUUAAAGUUCACUAACACUCUAUUGAAUAAUGUUAAUUUAAAGCUCCUGUGAGGGACUUUCUGUGUCAAUUGUGCGCCCCCCUGUGGACAAAGCAGUCUUUGUUUAAAAGAUCUCAUCCUGCUGACUUCUGAAAAUCAAAUGUAUCAUUAAAUGUGGAUAUUUUCUGUGGAGCAGGGCUGUUUUCGCAUGAAUCAUGUAUUGUAUCUCUUCAGUAGCUCUGAUUAUCACCCUCACCUGCGUUCACCUUUGUUUUCAUCAGGGCUCUGCAGUUCCCUCCAGAGGGAUGGUUACGCAUGGGCUUGAACAACGGCAGCAUCACGUGGCUCACUAUCCGCCCCAGCGGCCGGGUGGCCCUCCGAACUCUGGGAGACGCAGGCUUCAUGCCCCCGGAUAAACUUACAAGGACCUGACGGCCGCACACGUCACAGAUUUCUGAGACUGAGUCCACCGUCCAGUCAGUCGGUCGCAGGGUCAACGCCGAUUUCUCCUCAAGUGUCUUGAAAAUGACUUGUGAUGUUCUUGUUUUGUAAUUAAACUACCAUCAUUUAAUGAGACUCUGUGGUUGUGAUUACUUCCGUGCCAUAGAACGCCAGCAGAAGUGAUUAACAGCUGCUUUUAGCACCUCCUUCUGAAUGUAACUGAGGAUUUUUACACAAAUGACUGAUUUUUAAAACCAAAAGAAGUUGUAUUUGUAUAGCUGUUGUGAAUGCAAAUCAUGCUCAACGUGGUGUGUCACUGCAGUUCACUAAAGUGAGGAUUAUGUGUUGUAUGGUGCAGCUGUAGCAAAUAAAGAGUUGAAUCCUUCAG